AUGGCUCCCAAAUCCGACACCGCCGAAGGAAUCGUGCUCAACUUCGUCAAUGAGCAAAAUAAGCCAUUGAAUUCCCAGAAUGUGGCUGAUUCGUUACAAAAGUUUAAUCUCAAAAAGGCUGCAGUACAAAAAGCUUUGGAUAAUCUGGCUGACAGUGGGAAAAUAUCAUUCAAAGAGUAUGGCAAGCAGAAAAUAUACCUAGCUAAGCAAGACCAGUUUGACAUUCCAAACACCGAAGAGCUUAAUAAGAUGAAAGAAGAGAAUACCAAACUGCAAGAACAGCUCGUUGAACAAAAGAAAGCUAUUGCUGGGAUUGAAGGAGAUAUUAAAGCUCUGCAAUCAAAUUUGACAUUGGAGGAGGUGCAAGCAAAACAAGUCAAGCUGGGGAAAGAGGUCAAGCAAAUGGAGGAAAAGUUGAUUAAACUAAGGCAGGGAGUUACUCUAGUGAGCCCAGAAGAGAGGAAAGCUGUGGAGAAGAUGUAUAUGGAUACAAUGAAUCAAUGGAGAAGACGGAAGAGGAUGUUCAAAGAUAUAUGGGAUGCAAUAACUGAGAACUCCCCCAAGAAUCUUAAAGAAUUUAAGGAGGAACUUGGGAUGGAGUAUGAUGAAGAUGUUGGUGUGAGUUUGCAGUCUUUUGGUGAUCUAGUGCAACAUGGAAAGAAGCGAUCCCGAGCCCAAUGA